CUAUCGCUCCUGACCACUAGCAGUAUGCACACCUCUACAUUGUUCAUCCAUGCGCUCAACACAUGCAUUGGCUGCCUUUGCGCGGCUAUUCUGGGCUUGACGGCGCACAGCGUGGCUCUCAAGGACAAAGUUGAAGACGAGAUACCCCGAGAUGCAACGUCUAUCGGCAUGAGUCUGCUGUUCUGGCCUGGAGUAGGCGGCAUCGUCGACGCUUUGCUGUUUGCUCUUGUUUGUAUUCUGUGGCACUCCAAGCGCGGCCAUCGCUCAGAUCGAGCUUACAGGAACACCGCCUUGUUCGUCGCUGCUUUCAUAUUCGUUCGACCUUUUGUCGCUCUUGUGUACACUUUUGUCAAUCAGGGCCAAGCGCAUUCUGGUUCGAGUCACUUGACUGUGGAGGCAUGGGCGUGCGAUGCGAACGAACAGGAUCUUUGCAAAAGCUUGAGAGCGGCACGAUAUCUGCAGAUCCCAGUACUGGUGCUGAGUGUUCUCUUUCUCGGUCUGGUGAUCUGGCAAUUCAUCUUCACGGAUCGCAAACAACGGGCUGCUACAGGCAUCACACUGCAAACUGAAGAGAGGGACGCAGAGGACUUGAAGUCAUGA